UUCUUUGAGCAGCUUACUCCAGAGGAAGAAGAGAAGAGAAGAGUUCGGCGAGAAAGAAACAAGUUGGCUGCUGCGAAAUGUCGGAACAGACGUCGUGAACUCACAGAAAGGCUUCAAGACGAAACCGAGAAACUUGAAGAGGAGAAGUCUGGUCUUCAGAAAGAAAUCGCUGUGCUGCAGAAGGAGAAGGAGAAGCUGGAAUUCAUGCUGGUCGCCCACAAACCUGUUUGCAAAAUGGCGCCUGGGAAUGACUGCAGGAGACAUUCCCCGUCCCCUGAGCCACGGGCUGGACGGAUGCCUAACUCGGUGGUGGUCAAGCAGGAGCCAGAAGAAGAAGAAGAAUCGAAGUUGGCCAUGUCCAAUGCCGUGUCCAAACCACAGAGGUCGGUCAUCAAGCCGGUGACUGACAUCUCCAUAGCCAACAGCUACUUCCUGGAGGCUGAACCCCUAAACACGCCAGUGGUGGUGACUUCCACGCCUGCAGCUAACAUCACCCCGUGUGCUGCCAGUCUAGUCUUCACUUACCCCAAUGUGCCCAGCCUUGACCAAGAGCCUGCCUCAGAGUCUUGCUCUAAGGCCCACCGCAGGAGCAGCAGCAGUGGCGAUCAAUCUUCGGACUCCUUGAACUCCCCAACCUUACUUGCUCUCUGAGGAAUGUGUGGGAAAUCCUCUCCACCGCCCAGCCCACGGGAUAUCGCGAGAGAUGGAAAUGGACUUUGUUGUGCUGACCAGAGUUUGUGGGAUCGAACUACUUAUAAACACUUCAGACUCGCGGGGGGAAGGGAGUGUGGGUUAGGGAGU